CGGUUUCAUACUAUCGCAUAUGGACAAAAUAAAAGAACCAUGAAUAGCGGUGUUUGUGUGAAGGGAACGACUUUCAAUGAUGAGUCAGAUUAUUAUGGGAGUUUGAAGGAAAUAAUUGAGGUUCAGUAUUUUGACUCAUAUGUUCAUCAAUCAGUGAUUUUGUUCAAGUGUGAGUGGUAUGAUAUCAACAAAGGCAUUGUGUUUGAUGCAUGUAAGAUUAGAGCAAGAGCAAUAAUCGACACUUCAUCGUUGAAUGACGGUGGAAAUGUUUAUUAUCAAGACGAUGAUCCUCCUAUGCCACAAUUGGUGCAACCCUCGACUGUUUUAAAUAAUCAUGUUUCACUAGCAUCUCAAGGGGGAGAAGAAGUGGUGAUUAGUGAGGUCAUGCAAUUGCCAUAUGUGACAGAGGAAGAAUGUGUGGGUGAGGAUGAUGAUGAAGAGGAAGAGUUUGAUGGAACGGAAACAUCAAAAGAAGAAGAGCAACCCACUGUUACUCAGCCACCAUUGGCCGAUGACCAGUUCAUUGGUGAUGAUGCAACAAUGGAGGAGGACACUGAAGAGCGUAAUUUGGAGGCUGAGUUGGACGCUGAGUAUGUUGUGCUUGAUCCUGAGUUAGAUGCUCAGUUGGAGGAGGAGCUAUCACGUGCUGUCCCGAAGACAGGACGUGGCAUGGAUAAAGGAGAUGACGCUCUUACAGACCCGAGUCAAAGGAAGGUGCUUAGCCUUAAUCACCGAGGCACAUUCAGCCAUGAGAGGUUUGGGAGGAUUGCCACAGUAAUUUGGAAGUACUUCUAUGAUGAGCCAGUGCUUUUCUGGUCUAGUUGGCCUGAGGAAAAGAAGAGGAUUUCUUGGGAGAAUUUUCAGAGGACAUAUUAUUGGGAAGAGGAUGAUGCUCGUGUGUAUAAAAUCUGGAGAUUAUAUUGUCGAAACCGUUUUCGAGACGAGCUUCAUCGAGCUCGAAAGGCGUGGGUCAGGGACAAGAAGUUGCUCGAGUUCAUGCAUAAGGAUACCUUUAAAAUUUUGUUAGCAAAAUGGAGAAGUCCAAAAUAUAUUGCACUCCAGGAAAAAGGUCGGCAAAACCGAUCAAAGGGUGACCGUGUGACCCACACAACUGGAUGCCUUUCUAUUGGGAUCCAUGAGGAUCAACUAGUUAAAGAUGCCCCACCUACUUGGAUAUGUCCACAGGCUGAGCAGACAUAUCAUGGGCCAAACAAGGAUUCAUGGCCAAAAUGGGAUCCACUUAUCUGGAAGGAGGUGGUUGGACCUCCUAAAAAGGGUCAGAUGAGAGGGAUGUCUACAUUACAAGAUCCAGCAGAGCAUGGCAUCCCUUGGCAACGGUAUGACAUGAGUGACACCUCCUCUUCUACCACCAGGAUUCUUACGACACAAGUUCAGCAGUUGCAGUCUAAGCUUACUCAAGUUCGGGAAGAAAUGGCUGAGCGAGGUCAGACAAAGGUGGCCGCACGUAUUCAUACAAAGGUAUCACAGAGAGUAUCAGAGAUGGAGGCCAGCUUUGAGAGGAGAUUUCAAGAGCACAUGUGCUUACUUAGCCAGCAAUAUUCUAUGAAUGCUACACAACCCUAGACUGGUUAUCCUUCUUCUGCACCACCCUAGACUGUUGAUCCUUCUUUUAAAGGAUUUAGACCUGAUCACUUCCCACCUCA